AUGAAGCGCAAUUACCCGAGCCUAGAUAGCGGCCGUGCCAGGGGGCCCCUUCGGCUCACCUCUCCUGAAGGCCCACCCAUCGGUGCCCUAGGGCAGAGGAGUUGGAGGCAGAAGAUGAAAAAUAACCAAAGGGAUGUUUUCAUCGAGGAGGUGGGGAUCGAAGCGUCAAUCCCACAGAAGGCUGAGGUUCUGUUUGGAGAACAGUGCAGCUACAAGAGAACAGGCAUUACAAAGCAGAAGCACUUGAGUGACUAAGCUGGAUGUCAUCGUCUGAAGGAAAGAGCAACUGCAGGGGCCUGUAACAACAGAGUGAGCCAGGCUCGGCUCUCCCUGACUGUCAGCCGCACAAUCAACUGAAAUGGUUGCAUGUGUCAACACCUCUACGAUAUCUGGAACUGCUGCAGUCAGCGUGUGUGUGUGAAACGUCACUGUGGGAUGCAAAGAGUUUGGAUCCGGGGCCGUGAAUUCGAACACUUGUAGGACCGUGUGUGUGAGCAUGUCACGAUCCACAAAAUGUUCUGUGUUGCUUCAGUGUUUCUUAACAUGUGCACAUUUUGAAAGUGAACUGUUUCGUCCAAACGUAUUGUUGGGUUGUCGUUGUUCAUCCAUUCUGUUGUUGGUUUCUUUUCUCAAUAACCUUUCGCGUUUUUAUGUAUACUUAUUGCCCAGUCUAGAUGUGUCCUUUUGACUUCAGUGUCUCUUCUUCCGU